AGCCUCGGGCCGGAAUUGGCUUCGUUAUCUGUUUCUCACGUAGCGGAGCUCGUCAACUGUCAACAGGGAUUCAGGACGAAACCAGCGCGUCUUUCUUUCUUUCUCCCACGUCGAAGAAAAAUGUUAGAAAGGGCGACAUUUUCCACAAUAACCCGGAAUAAAACCCCAUACCUGUAGACUUUCCGACUGUGCCGUCAUCAGGUUUGGACGGAGCGAUGCCGGUGGAGAGCGGGAGCAGCGCCGCCGCCCGCCAGGCGAAGCAGAAGAGGAAGUCCCACAGCCUGUCCAUCCGCAGGACCAACAGCACCGAGCAGGACCGAUCUGGUCUGCAGAGAGACAUGCUGGAGGGACAGGACUCCAAACUGCCUCUGUCUCUGAGGAGCAAUCUGCUGGACCUGUUCAGCCAGAUCGAGAGGGAGUUUGAAAACCUCUACAUAGAAAACCUCGAGCUACGCAGAGAAAUCGAAACGCUGAACGAUCGUUUGGCUGCAGAGGGACAGACGUUCGAAGGGGCGGAUUUAGCCAAAGGAGCACUUAAAACUAAAGCGAGUCACAGCACAAGUCAGCUGUCACAAAAACUGAAGACGACCUACAAGGCUUCCACGAGCAAGCCGCGUUCAAAUUCUUGCCAUGCCAGAGUAGGUGGAUCCCGCAACUUCAGCGUAACCAGCUGGGAGUUGUGGGGUGGAGACUCAUGGAUCGUGUCCAGUUUCAAAGCGACCACGUCCAGAGCCGUGUGCCAGCUGGUCAGGGAGUAUGUCGGCCACAGAGACGGGAUCUGGGACCUCAGCGUCACCAGGACGCAGCCCGUGGUGCUGGGUACUGCAUCUGCAGACCACACUGCGAUGCUGUGGAGCAUUGAAACUGGAAAGUGCCUCCUCAAAUAUACGGGCCAUCAAGGUUCAGUCAACUCCAUCAAGUUCCACCCCACUGAACAGAUGGCUCUAACAGCCUCUGGAGACCAGACAGCUCACAUCUGGAGAUACAUGGUGCAGCUGCCGACUCCACAGCCUGUCGCUGAUAUGAGUCAGCAGACGCCCUGCGAAGACGACGUGGACUUCUCAGACAAAGACGAGGCCGACGGCGAAGUCGAGGGUCCGAACGACUGUCCCUCCGUCCGCGUGGCGACCACGACCCUGCGCAGCCAUCAGGGUGUGGUGAUCGCCGCCGAUUGGCUGGUGGGGGGCAAACAGGUGGUGACGGCGUCCUGGGAUCGAGCCGCCAACCUGUACGACGUGGAGACCUCAGAGCUGGUCCACUCACUGACUGGCCACGACCAGGAGCUGACCCACUGCUGCACACACCCCACCCAGCGUCUGGUGGUCACCUCGUCCAGAGACACCACCUUCAGACUGUGGGACUUCAGAGACCCGUCCAUCCACUCUGUCAACGUGUUCCAGGGACACACUGAACCGGUGACGUCCGCCGUGUUCACGGUGGGAGACAACGUGGUUUCUGGGAGCGACGAUCGAACCGUCAAAGUGUGGGACCUGAAGAACAUGCGGUCGCCCAUAGCAACCAUCCGCACAGACUCGGCCGUCAACAGGAUCAGCGUGUCGGUGAACCAGAAGAUCAUCGCCCUUCCUCACGACAAUCGGCAGGUCCGGCUGUUCGACAUGUCCGGGGUGCGACUGGCUCGACUCCCGCGGAGCAACCGGCAGGGUCACCGGCGCAUGGUGUGCUGCUCCGCCUGGUGUGAAGACAACACCUCCUGCAACCUGUUCACCUGCGGCUUCGACCGGCAGGCGAUCGGCUGGAACAUCAACAUCCCCGCCCUGCUGCAGGAGAAAUGACCUCCACCUCCUCCUCCUCGUCCUACUGUAACCGUACAGUGAUACUCCACCCACAGUGUCAAACACCAUCACCUGUUGGCUUUAAAGGCGGCUGUAAAAGCUCUUUUAACAGCCGUCUUUGGAGCCUACAGGAGGUUAAUGUUCGAUACCUGAAGCUCCCUGAGGAGACAGGACGGGAACAGAAGCUCGGUCACUCUCUCUAAAUCACCGCCACCAAGAGAUACACAACACGUCACAAAAAAUAAACACACCUGUGUAACACUGAUGGAAAAAAAGCACAGAGACGAAACACCGGAACGUCUCGUUUGUUGAAAACUAAAAAGCAGAACACACAUUUUGCUGAUGCUGAAGAGUUAGAUAGAAGUGAGGUGCUGCUCAUAUCUGCUUGACGCUGAUUUAAGCUAAAACACAGCGAAUCUAAUCUUCAAGUUUGGACAAACAUAAAGCAAAAAUCCACUAGUUUUAUGUAAUUAGUUUUAGUGCAUUUCAGAAGUUAAUCUGCGUUAUUUUACCUCCUGCUUUACUGAAAGUUCUGUGACUGCUGCUGGUCCGAACCAAACCUGACUGGUUCCUUCGUUGUAUUCUAGUCUUUUAUUUUUUAGUCCCUGAUCAGCAGAUUUCUUUAAGUAUGUUUGCUAAAAUGGCAGCUCAAAAAAAAGUUCUCGCUCUGGUGCUGUGCUGUGAUGCUGAUCUUUUGAGUCUCAAACUUAAAACAUACAGAUCUAGCUCAGCUGGUUUUUCUUUCUCGCAGCUUGGUUCUGUUCAGCAUCCAGACGUCUCUUUUGCACCUUCUUAAAAUGAUACCGAUAGCUGUUACAGUUGUUCUUCUCGUCGCUCUUUUAGGAAAAAAAUAUAGUAGAACUGCCUUUGCAGUUUUUGUACACAGGCAGAUUGAAGAGAGCAGCUUAAUGCUGGUGAGUGUUGGCUGUUUGAUUGUUUGGCACAUAACCCAAAGGGGAUUUCAUGGUCCUGCUCUGAAAAAAAAAAAAACAAAAAACAAAAAUCAAAGCAGCUGAUAGCAGAACUGAAAUUGUCUGGUUGAAAUGUUUUGAUUCUGUCGGUUUAUAAACGCAUCGCUCACACGCGUCGACUCCCUUUACAUGAUCACAGUGUUGACGUCUGUAAACUGUGAAGCCAUGAACCAGCUGUUUGUUUACUAGACAAAAGAAAAAACACAGUCAGCUCCCCGGCCUGUUGACCGUAGAUAAAUGCUUUGUGCCAUCUAAGAUUCCUGUGGAAGGUGACUCCAGUGUUUCUGUAGCUGCUCUGAAAUCUUUAGUCUCUGAGGAAAACUACCUGUGACAUACCUUUCAUACCUUGUUACUGUUUUAACUUUGCAGGACUAAUUAGCAGCCUUUUACAACUGCAGGUAUAAAGAAACCUUUUCAGACUUCUCCUGCAGUUUGUCUAAAUUAAGUUCCUGGUCUGAAGAAGUUCCUGUGUCAGGUGUAGUAUUUCCAGGUGGUCCAGAGAGCACAGCAGGGGUGCAGUUUGCUGAUGAGACAGAGAAGCAAACACAAAAGAAAAUGAGUAGCGGUUCAAUCAAUACUGAGACCAGGGUUGGAAAUCCUCUGUUGAUUGACGAGAAGAUGAUUUAGUCGACCGGUCUAAAAAAGUUCAAGAUAAACAGAUGAAGAGAGCAAGCAAGUGAAUAAGAGAAAACUUUAUUUGCUAAUUGUUUUAAUGCAUUUCUACGCUGAAAUGAAAAUAAUCAUAAACACUGAGCUGCUGCUACUGCUAAUGUCACAGGUGCAGAAAACCGUAAAGUUUAAAAGGGAUGUUUAGCUCCUCAGUUUAGUUUCUGAUGCUCCUUAGUUCCUGGGACUGUGCUGCCCUAAAAUAGGUUUUUAGAGAGUUUGAUCGAUUGGUCACUUUAUGCAGUAUUUAAUGAGAUAUUAACCAUAAUAAUCUCCACGUCUUAGAUAUUAAUCCAUUAGCAUAAAUCAGCUCAAUUAAAACGGGCGGUGAGAAUAAUUCUAAAAGGGUCUAAAUGAGAAGCUGCAGCUGCUGCUUGUGAAUUUUAAUAACUUGUUAAAUAGUUUUUAAAGUCUAUAAUCUUGCACUUUAAAUAAAGGUUUUAAGUGAAAUGUUUCUUUACACAAGAAGUGAGCGUGAGUAGACGGCUCGUUUUUCCUGAUGGAGGAAAAUAUUAGUUUUUUAUCAUCACACUCUUGGUCUAAAGUGACCACUGGACCAAACUCUCACCAGGUAGAGUCCUGCUAAAGUAUGAGAAAGUAUUGUGGAGUGAUUUUUAGAAGAGAGUAAAUUGGUCUGCUGUGUUCUGUGUACAUGAUGCACAGAAAAUAACUCACUUUGUUGUGUAAUUAAGUCUGAUUUCAGUCGACCAAAAAAAGGGAUUAAUACAUAACCAGCGUCACAUUUGAUUUAUAGGAGCUGACGAUGAAACAUUUGCUCUGAUACUGAUGUUGUAUAAAUACUUGACAUGAUUGUAAAAAAAAAAAAAAAAACAUUUUUUCCUAGUUCAUCGCAAAGCCCUUUAGUCAUUAGUGUUGAAACACUGUUGUGGGGUUCCUGUCAGUGUCAUAUUUGUUAUGGUACUUUAAAAACAAGUCAAAUCUGAGGAGUUGUCGUGAUGCGUUCGCUUUCACCUGCUUUGCUUUCCCACUGCCACGAUAAAAACACUCAGCCAAAGCUGUAUUCAAGUGAAUAGGAGAGGCUGUAAAUGAUAUAUAUAUGUGUGUGUGUGUGUGUGUGUGAGAUUAUUUCACUACGUUACCUGAACAAAGUCGGUGUGUGUGUGUGUGUGGUGAUACAACUUGAUGUCUAAACAAAAAACGUGUUUAAUGUAAUAACGGGCGGUUCAGAGUUUUCGACUGCAGCCGUCGUUCUGCUGUCGUACGUUAACGUAACGCAACACGAUGAACAAGCACAGUUCACGUCAAACUGAUUGUCUCUUUGUGAGCCCUAGCUUUAGAUUUGUGGAGCGUAUUUGCUGAUAACAUAACUGUUCAACAGUCAAACAAGCACAUUGAUAUGACAAACAUUUUCUCUCUCUUCGGUGGGUAAAAAACACAUUUUUUUAGUGGGCACCCACAGUUUCAGUGUAUUUUGAUUUGGUAACACUUAACAGCUGCCUUUUGUAAACCUAUCAGUGUAUUUCUAACGAGAAAAGCCUCAGAAAUACCACGUUUGUCGAGAUAAAUGUGAUUUCAGCAGGUGUAAAAACCAAAUAAGUGGAGAUUUUAAGUUAACUAAAGUGAUUACAGAACUCGUCAAAAGGCAAAUGUGAAGUGUUAACCUCUUCUGACUUUAAAACCAUAACAUUUGUAUCAUAUAAAUUGUAAUAUAUGAAAGAAAGCGGCCGGUUUGGCUGCACCGUGUAUUUCAGCUGCAGCAGUUUUAAUUAGCUUUUAUAACUUGACGACAUGAGCCUGCAUUUCAUUAUUUUUUAUUUUGUGUAAAGCCGUUUUAUUGCUUCAUGAUCGAUGAUGUCGGUUUAUUUGUAAAGCAGUUCAUUUGGUCAUUUAUACCAGGGAUGGUGAAAGUAAAUGUUGAUAUUUGUGUGGUUAAUUAUCAUUUUACCUGAUAAAAAUUAUCAUCUUUCAGCUCCAGACUGAAUUUUCCUAAAAUAAUUUAAAAGUAUUUUACACUAUGUUUCAAAAUUAUCUUUUUUGAAAGUAGUAGUUGUUCAUUUUAGUUUUUUAAGGUGUGAAUUUUGAUCAAUUAUUCACCUUUUUGCUCUGACUACCUGCUAAAAUUCCUGAAAUGGUCAUUGGUUUUAUUUUCUCUUUUUAAAAAGGUGCAGUGAGCAAUAUUUAAAACAAUAUUAGCACAAAUGCGAGCAGAUCAUCCUUGGUUUAAAUGAUAAAACAUUUUAUUUGUGUGAAGAAAAUUAAAAGCCGUGUGUUUGUUUGUGUGAGCGUGUGAAUGUUUGACUUGUAGUUUAUCCAGUAUUGUUUUAUUUCCUUACAAUUUAAGCAAGUUUCACUGCACUCGACUGCAUUUUCUACCAACACUGAGCCACGUUCAUAAUUCACCAGAUUUAACUGAAUGUUCAGUCACUUUUCACUUUCUCAAUCACAAUGAAACCGGAUCACGUGAUCGCUAAACAUCGGCUAUCUCAAAAUCUGCCGUCUUGUAAAACUGUGGCUCCUCAGUGUUUAACAGUGUUAUGUGUGAUCGAAGUUGUUGACGUAGAACAACAAACACCACAGCUAAGUUCUCAGAAAAACAAACCAAAAAAAAGAAAAUGAAAACCUGUUGGAUCGACUUGACCACGGUUUUGUGGAUUAUAGCUGUGUACUGAGGAACAAGCAUCUGCUUGUGAAAUCAAAAUAAACCAUUUGUGCUGUUUGAA